UUUUUCUGCAAGUAGCAGUAGCACUAGCCUAGUGGAAAAUGGAGAUGAGUUGAUAGAUGUCUUCACCUCACAACAUGGACUUGGCAACACCAUCCAGCUCGAUGUCGGAACAAUCGGCAUCGGAGGGAGAGAAGACUGAUACAACCAAACUUAGCCCAACAGAAUGUCUGGAGAGUGAAACUCAAGUGCCUGGGACCUCGAGUGAGGAGGAGGUAGUGGUGGAAGUGAAGGCGACGGCAAGUCCAUCUAAGAACAGUGAGGGGGAAGUGGAAGAAGAGGGUGGGGAGGAGGACAGUGAAGAAGAAGUGGAUGAUGAUUGGCUAUGGAGUGGAACUGGAGUGAGUGAUGAUGACGUUUCUGAACAGGCAACGUUUGUUGUGUCCUCACAGAAUCCCCCUUCAAAUAGAGUAGGUGAAAUCGAGGAGCUAAGAGCGGGCCUUGCUCGUAAAAGAAAACUUGAACACCUAGCAGAAGCUCCAAAUGGAUUACCAUGUAAAAAAUUAUUUCCAGAAGACAAGACUGCUGUAUCUAGUGUAAAAAAGAAACCAAAUGAAAACCCUUCAGGAGAAAAAACAAGACAUCAACGAAGUGUAAUUCCAUCCAAAGAUAAUCCACCAGUAGAAAUAACCGAUUGGCUUAAUAAAUUCAAGACGUGGUCUAAUGCGGAGAGGCUUCUAGCCAUUGAUGGUCUCAUUGAACUAUGUGAGCCAACGCAAGUCAGGCAUAUGAUGCAGCUCAUCGAGCCUCAGUUCCAAAGGGAUUUCAUCUCACUCCUUCCUAAAGAGCUGGCUCUAUACGUGUUGUCGUUCCUGGAGCCGCGUGAUCUGCUGAGAGCAGCACAGACUUGUACCAGCUGGAGAUUCCUCUCCGAGGACAACCUGCUGUGGAGAGUCAAGUGCAGAGAGGCCGGUGUAGCCAUGGACAGUCAGACAAGCAAGAGAAUGCGCCACCGUCAACCCAACGCUAACAACCCUGCAUCACCUUGGAAGGCUGCCUUCAUGAGACAUCAUCGGAUAGAGAUGAACUGGAGGGUAAAGCCGAUUAGACCACCUAAGAUCCUGAAAGGUCACGAUGAUCACGUCAUUACAUGUCUUCAGUUCUCCGGCAAUAGGAUUGUCUCAGGGUCCGAUGAUAAUACGCUUAAAGUUUGGUCUGCAACAACGGGUAAGUGUUUGCGGACACUGGUGGGACACACCGGUGGAGUAUGGUCUUCUCAGAUGUCUGGAAGCAUCAUCAUCAGCGGCAGCACCGACAGAACGCUCAAGGUGUGGAACGCUGAGACUGGAGUGUGCCUUCACACGCUUUACGGCCACACGUCCACUGUACGCUGUAUGCAUCUGCAUGGCAAAAAAGUGGUGAGUGGUUCAAGAGACGCUACACUGAGGGUGUGGCACAUAGAGAGUGGGGAGUGUCUACAUGUACUGGUAGGCCACCUAGCAGCUGUACGAUGUGUGCAGUACGACGGUAGACUGGUAGUGUCUGGUGCGUACGACUACAUGGUCAAAGUGUGGAACCCGGAGAGAGAAGAAUGCCUGCAUACGCUACAAGGGCACACCAACAGGGUGUAUUCUCUCCAGUUUGACGGAGUGCACGUGGUGAGUGGCUCUCUGGACACCAGUAUCAGAGUGUGGGAGGUGGAGACGGGAGCUUGUAAGCACACUCUGAUGGGUCACCAGUCGCUGACGUCGGGGAUGGAGCUGCGGAACAACAUUCUGGUGUCGGGCAACGCAGACUCCACUGUCAAGGUGUGGGACAUCCUCACUGGGCAGUGUCUGCAGACUUUGUCAGGACCGAUGAAACACCAGUCAGCUGUUACUUGUCUCCAGUUCAACAAUCGUUUUGUGAUCACGUCUUCAGAUGAUGGGACUGUCAAACUGUGGGAUGUGCGAACAGGUGAGUUUAUCCGCAACCUAGUGGCGCUCGGCAGUGGUGGCAGCGGAGGUGUCGUAUGGCGUAUCCGAGCCAACGAGACUAAACUUGUCUGUGCCGUCGGCAGCAGGAACGGCACCGAGGAGACCAAACUGUUAGUUUUAGAUUUCGAUGUAGAGGUGAAAUGAAACAAAGCCAAAUUACCUCAAAAAGGAGAGUGCCAGUAUUUAUCAUACCUCAAACUUUGCAAGUCGGAACCUGUUGUUGCGUUUGUGUUCAGCGACUUACGAGUUUCUGUAACACUAUGUGGUAGUACUUUUGUAGUGUUGUGAUAUUUAUUUUAUAUAAACGCUGUAAAAAGUAUAUGGUUUUUGCAGAUUAGCGUAAAUUAUACACUUGUACUCAAUAUUUUUAUGGAAUCUUGUCUUUUCAAUCUACCCUGGGAUGUAUGGUUUUCAGUAUGUAUGCUAUAAGCUUAGGUUAAACCUUAUGUCUU